ACGGAAGUGGGAGACCCUCCGUUAGUCGAUGCUUCUAAUCUGGCUGGCACAACAGGAGAGGAAAAGCCUGUGAACAGUUUGGGAAAUACUGAAAGCCAGGAACAUGUUACAACCUCAGUGUCCACUGUAACUAGUGAUCAGGAAUCUCAAAGUACUGCAGAGUCGCUCCCAUACGUGCCUGAACCCAUUAAGGUGGCUAUUGCUGAGAACUUACUGGAUGUAAUCAAAGGCACAAGAAGUAAAGAAUUUACAUCUGAAGCUGUAGAGCAAUCUAUUCAUGAAACCAUAGGUAAGAAGGUAACUAGAUUCCAGAAGGCAAAAGCUCCCUUAACAGCUGUGCCAGAAGGAGCGGAAGAUGAAACCAGCAUGCAUCAAGUAGAGUAUGUCAUCACUCCUAGAACACGCGCAAGGGGACGGCUGAGCAGAAGUCAAAGUAUUCCCUCGGCAGGCGAUCAGCAACUACUGAAGACAGACAAACCAGUUUUGUUAGGAGUGUCUCCUAGGAGAAGUACCAGGCGAAGAAAAGAAGCGUCUGAGACUUCUAGUCUUCAGGCAGAAGAAAAUGCUCAAGAUGAGCAAAUACCUGUGAUGCCUGUUACUCCUAGGAGAGGUAGGAAGCCUGAACAGACUAAUUUAGAGAAAGUAGAAAGCAGCCAUUCUGAUGGACAACCGUUGUCCGUCAGUGCGCAGUCCAUAGCCGUUACUCCAAGAAGAGGAUUAAGGAGAGCAAAGGAAGCUGCAUCUGAACUCUUGGAAGGGGCUAAUGAGGAAACGCCUCUGGCUGAAGGUAGCAUUAUUGCUUCUGCUACUUCCAAAAGGACUAGAGGAGGAAAAAGGUCAGCAGGAGACGGAGAAACCGGCCAGAUUGGCACUGAUCAUAAGGUAAAAGCGGCAGUCAGUCCCAGUAGAAGUGCAAGAAAACUGAAAGGCAUUAAUUUACAAUUUACUGAAAAUAUGGUCAAGGAUCAAGAGGUG